AUGUGGAUCUCCAAUAUUCUUGCUUGUGGUCUGAUGAUGCCAGUCGUCAAGGCCAUCCUCAUGGAGCUAGAGAAGAUGGGAAUUGUAGAACUGUAUCAAACCAUUGGAAAGGCAACUCAAAAAUCUAAUAGACAUGAACAAAACGUGCCAAGGCCGUCGAAUUUCACAAUAUUUUAUUUUCUUGGACUUGCCUAUUCGUCUUCCAUUGGUGACAUGGCGACUAUGAUGGGUAGUCAGACCAAUCAAAUAUUUAAGAUUUACUGUGAAACCAUAUUUCCACUUGGACCAAAGAUAGAGUUCCCUCACUUCAUGUUGCUAAAUCUACCCGGAGUACUGGUCAUGGAAACGCUUCUGUAUAUGUGGAUGAACUUCACUUUUUUGGGAAUGUUCAGAGGUCGAAGCGAUGUAGAGGUCGGCCUGACGGAGGAGGAAGCUCAGUACAUUGACACGCUGCUAGCCACUCAAUACCAACAGCUAGGAAAAGUAAAGUUCCAUGAAAUUGCAGUAUCGACCAUCGCAGUACUGACAGCGGUGUUGCAAGCUACAAUCAGCACUGCCCAUAUCGACCAGACAACGAACGGAAGUCCGGACUUUCAUAAACACUUCAGAGUAUCAUCACCAUGUGCGCUGUGUGUUAUCCUGUUGUUUGUGACGCCUAUUAACUUGGAUUUUCUCAGAUAUUUCAAGACACAGUCAGAUGAGAACACUAAGCCAUUGCCGAUCUCUCAAACCAAAUCAUGCCUGAGUUGGGACCUGGUGCGAAGAAAUAUUCACUGGAGCAUACCUUUGAUUAUAGGUAGAUAUAAAGAGAUAAUUAAUUAG